UUGUGUGAAGGCAAGAAGGAGAAGAAGAAGUAGACAGUUCAUGUGUCUGGGUUAUUUGCAAGUGCCCAAAGCUGACAUGUAGACUUUCGGUCACAUGAUGCCACCAGCGGCCAGGUGCUGCCUCCUCACGGGGAAACGAAACACUCCGGAGUACUUAAAAAACCUCGACUUUGAGCCGAGAGCCAAGAAGAGAGAAGACUGAAGUGUACACAUGCUGACAUUAAAGCCAAAGUUUGACCUGCACAGAGAUGUGGAGGCUGAUAUCCUCAGGAAGGAGGCGUCGGUCUGCAGGGUGAACGAGUACUCCGGAGCAGUGGACACUCAUAUCCUGAACAUUGAGAGAGAUGGGGGCAUCCUUUUCUCUUGGAAGGGAGCAACAGGGACCACCAGAAUUGGAAAAUAUGACCCCAACACCAAACAGAACAAGCUCCUGUACACAUUUGACAAGCAGGUGUGUGUCAGCAGCUGCUCCCUCAACAAGGAGGAGACGCUGUUAGCUGUCAGCUUGGCACAAAACACCAGAGGAGUGGAGUGCAUCAAACCAAUAUCCAAGUGUCUGACUCUCCUGAUUGAGAUCCAUCCCAUCAGUAACACUAAAGUCCUCAAGGCGGUGGACUGCAGGGUCAAAGUGCAGUUCCUUAACUCAGAAGCUGACAGGAGAUCAGUGCUGGAGAGCCACCUGCUGCUGCUGACUGAGGACGGAUAUGUGGACCUCUACCAUGUUCUGCUGACAAGACAGGAGGGUUAUAGAGUGGUGAUGGCGAAUGCCGAGCGCUUGUCCAAAACAGCGGAGAGAAUAGUGGAGGAAUUCUGCUGGGUCCAGUGGGACGGACUCACCCAGAGACUCUACUAUCUUGCUCAUAAUGGAGCGCACACACAGGAUAAGUUCCUGAUGCGAUGUGUUCAGUUUUACUUCAGCCACAACUGUGAAACUGUGCUGGAACUCCCAUUAGAGUUGCCUGCUAAUUCCUUCCACACUGUCAAGUUUGUAAAUCUGGGUUUCGACCAUUAUCACCUGGAGAGACCGGAGAAGGAGCUUGUUAGGAUGGAAGUGUUCACAAACAGAAUAGAACGAAGCAUGUGUGUGUGCUACAGCCAGCCACUUAAAGACAAACAGGAACUGAUCUACACCGUGGUUCUAGUUCACAAAGACUGCAGCAAGACGUUCAGAGUACCUCUGGGCAGCGACCCGUCGCCGCAGAAAGCCUCGCAGCUCCAUCCGCUCUUCAUCCCUAUAGGUUACUACAUCCUGGUGUAUCUGCAGGGUUAUUUCCUCCAUUGUAUCAACACCAGGCAGCAGGAGGUGCUCUGUCACUCCCUCUUUCUCUCGGGUCUUGACGUGGACUUGAACCUGCAGUGUCAGUCAGCUGACAUGACAGUCUUGCAUGCAGAGGAAGAGUCUUGCAGUAGUCUGUUGGACCUGGCCAGCGGGAGGAUCCAGGCUGCUGAGCUCAACCCUGACUACCUGCUGCAGAUGCUGCGAUCAGACGCUCCUUCUAGGUGGCCCUGCAGCAAGACUGACCCGCAGCGCCUGGCCGCCCUCCACUGCCUGCUGGUUUACAUGGGAAACGACCCAAACCUGGAACUGAAGAUAAUUGAAUGGCUGUGUGACAACGUGAACGCCUUCGAAUCCUUUGAUCAGAUCCAGGAGUUUAUUCUAGCCUCUUUGUACAGAAUAAGCUAUGAGAAAUCUCUCAGCCUGGAUAAAGUCCUUCCUUACUCCUCUGUAUUUGACAAGAAGGAGAUACCAGUGUGUCUGUUCGAGGUCUCUGGUGUGUUGUGUACCACUGAGCUGCACAUUGAAGCUGUGUUCAAAGGAAAGGCCAGAAAUCUCCAGGGUUUCUGGUCAGAGCUGCAGUGGAACACUGAGAGGACAAAAUAUCUGGAUGCUGUUCCCAACCCCAGAUACAGAACCUCACACAUACAAGCCGACUGGGAUAAACUGAGGUCCGAGAGGAGACCAUCCGGCCACAUGAAUCACAUGGAGGAGAACACGAAGAAAGUUCUAUCAAUGGUGGACACCUGGUGUCUUGACAAGAAGCUGGUGCCACUUUUCCAGGAGGAGGACCAUCAACAGAGGGCGCUCGUAGGCCUGACAGUCGACAAGCUACGUGAGCAUCUCAACAGAAACCUGCCUGGACUGGGGAAGAAGAAGAUUGACUCACUGGUUGUCAACUAUGUAGCCAAGCUGCUGGAGCUCAUCAGACACAUGCUGGAGUCAGUCUGGCUGAAGUAUAAACUCGGCCCUCGUGUUUUGUGCUUGACGCAGCAGGGCAGUCCAGCCGAGUGGUCCGUGUUUCAUUUCAUGUUUCGGAUCCUGGAAGCCACGAGGGGUCUCUGCCUGCCCCUCCCACCCGGUUAUCACACACUGUUAGCAGUGUUUGCUGUGCGUUGCCUCCCCCAUCACACCUUCCUACAGUACAUUGACCACGGUGUCUUACACCUCACUGAAACCUUUGUGUCUCGGCUUAUGACAGACUUGGACAACAGUGACGCCAACGAGAGACUGAAGUUCAGCAUACUGAAGAGACUCCCAGAGCCUAUGGAGAAGAGGAUCUACCAUAUGUGGGACCAUCCUGUCAGUUCAGCUUCAAUCUCCAGAGAUUAUGUGAGAACUCUGCUGGAGAAACACAACAAAAACAAGGGAUUCGCAUUCACCGGCAGAGACAAGCCAGGCUUCAGACCAGAGUUUCUGCCUCUUACCUACCUGGCAAAAAUACUCUCUGAUAUAGAGGAACAAGCUCUGAACCCUUUCGAGGAGCAGGAGAACGUGGACGCCAGGUUCGUGGAGGAGACGGCUCUGAAGCAGACACUAAUACUGCUGGGCUUUGAGGAGAAAUGACGGAUGUGGAUGGGGGCGGAGGGAGCAGGGAGGGACACGGGAUGGAUGGAUCAAGGGAGGAACAGAUGAGGGGGAAAAUGUGUUUGAGAGAACAGCCAUCACUGACUGGGCCUUGAGGACAAGUAACGGAUGGAUGGAUGAUGGAGGGUGAGAAGUGAGAGAUGAAUGAAGAGAUUGAAAGGCAGAGUGCUCAUAAACAACUGUUUGAUGACAAAUUAGGGUGGGACGGAGGGAUAGACGGAUGGAGACGCCCAGAAGUGAGUGAUGGAAUAGGUUCAGAAAUAAGAGACACCCUGUUCAACCUCUUUUUUUUGUAAAUACAGAGGUGAAGGACAGCAGCACCUUAUUUUACACAAUGCAUGAAUGUAUGAACAGUACCAACAAUUGGAACACAAUGGGGACAAUCUUCAGUUUGCGAUUUGACUCAAUUUUAGGAAACAGGCUAUUCAAAUUUUGAGUGGAAAUCAAUAACUGCAGGCAGCUCUUUAUAUGAACUCGCAGCAACAAUUCUCCCCACAACUUCUCCGCUUUCUCGCAUACGAUUUAUGAAUGUGGACGUCAAAUACUGCAAACUGUAUUUAUAAAUCAGACACACUUGUUUAUCCUCCUGUGCUUCCUGUAGCGCCGCUGCACCCCAUCAACUUGAUUACAUGCUGACAAAAGCUUCGAAGAUGGAGUGGCUUGAUGUGGCCAGUCAGUGGCUGCUGUGCUUUAAAUCUGAUUUUAACACUGAGUUAUACAGAAUCUUUGCAGCUGAGUCAGUUGGUGAGACUGGCCGACGCUCGCAGAGAUUUACAACGCCAUCCAGAUAUUUAGCACACUGAUUGGUACUUUACACUAAAUUUGACAGGUCUUUAAGACAUUUUUUAAAAUAUUAAUGCUUGUAGGAUACAUACAUUUCUGUACAACACAAAACUAUACUUCACUCUGAGAAAUAUAAAGAUGUUUUUCCACACAACUCUCAUCCAGAGUUUUCCAAAUCUUGACAAAAGUGACUGGAAGAGCUUAGUCUAAAACUGGCUUUAUGUUGCUAUAUAUUGAGAAUUCAAAGGAGAAAAAAACAUGUUAGUACAAAUUAAAAGAUUAUGUUGAGAAUUAUCAACAUAUAUUUCGACACAUCCCUCAGCCAGUUCUCAAAUGUUAAGCAUUGUCUAAACACAAGCCACCGUACACAAACUUAGCUAGCUAGAACAGACUAAAACUCGCUACAUUUUGAUUUAAAGCGAUGCUAUUUAAAAGACGGGAUAAGACACUCUUAGCUAUACAUACGAAAAGUUUAAUUCAUACAGUAUGUAAUUAAAAAGCACUCCUCUGAAUUACAUACUCAGGUUUUUGCUGCUAUGGCCUCACUUGGUCUGGUAUGAACUGUAGCUUGUGAUGGCUAACGCUAGCUAAUGUUAGCAAACCUUAAACUCGACAGUGGCAUGAUGGAACAAGUUCAGACAUUAUUCACUACUCUCUGCCUGUGCUGCUGUUUCACUCAGUUUUAACCUUCACUAUUAUCCUGUAACUGUCACUGUAGCUGCUCAGCUGACGUUAGGCUCACUUAAAAUCAGGAACUUUCUUUUUAAAGAAAAAAACGUAGUGAUGCCGGGUUCAAGUUAAUACAUGAGGGAAAAACAGCAGAUUUCCAUAACUUUAUAGCAACUUUAUUGAUAUAGUGCAUUGCAAAAUCAGUCUACAAAAUGUCUUACAAACCAUCAAAUCAGACAAGUCUAUACAGGGUUAAUAAUAGGCAAUAAGAAAAGCCGUUACUCAGCCUUCCUGCACAUAUACACACACACACACACACACACACACACACACACACACACACACACACACACAAACUCUCCAACGUCUGGUUUGAAUAACGUGUCCGUGUGCCGUCAAUCAUGACUGAGCUCUUACUGUAAGUGGAGAAAUUCUUUGGUGGUGCUGUAUGUGCGUGUGUGUGUGGUAUGUGUUCAUAAUCCUUCACGCAGCGUCCGAAUGUUGGCACCUUACAAGUCUAAAUGCCGGAGAUUAUUUACAUCUCAUGCUGUUCUUUGAUUUGAAAAAAUUUCAACAUUCCUCUGGAAAAAAAAGGGAUUUGUUAAUUAUCAUGUUUCAGAUGUUUCCACCAAAAAGUUUUCUAAGAUGAACUGUAAAUAAAAAGAUUUCUUUUUCA